AUGGAGCAGCGUGUUUUCCUCCGGUUUCACUCGUAUGACUUCGGCUCAGAUCGGAGGUUCCAGGACGGACUGACGGUUCUACACGAGUCGAGCAGCAGCAGAGGAGAAAGUGACGUAGAGGACGUGAAGCUCUUCUUCUACAAUAGGUUCGUUGAGCCCAUCGACCGGACCAGGUUCAAACUGUGGCGUUCUGCUUCUCCUAGUGUGACACCUCAGGACGUCCGGGCCGAGCAGCCGGAUUCACAUGGUGAUCUCAGUGACGAUCAGGCCGCGGACGCUCCUGCAGAGUCCCGGGUGAGGGAACACGACCGGGCCGCGGACGCUCCUGCAGAGACCCGGGUGAGGGAACACGACCGGGCCGCGGACGCUCCUGCAGAGACCCGGGUGAGGGAACACGACCGGGCCGCGGACGCUCCUGCAGAGACCCGGGUGAGGGAACACGACCGGGCCGCGGACGCUCCUGCAGAGUCCCGGGUGAGGGAACACGACCGGACCGCGGACGCUCCUGCAGAGACCCGGGUGAGGGAACACGACCGGGCCGCGGACGCUCCUGCAGAGACCCAGGUGAGGGAACACGACCGAGCUGCGGACACUUCCCAGGUGAGGGAACACGACCGGACCGCGGACGCUCCUGCAGAGACCCAGGUGAGGGAACACGACCGAGCCGCGGACACUCCUGCAGAGACCCGGGUGAGGGAACACGACCGGGCCGCGGACGCUCCUGCAGAGACCCGGGUGAGGGAACACGACCGGGCCGCGGACGCUCCUGCAGAGACCCGGGUGAGAGAACACGACCGGGCCGCGGACGCUCCUGCAGAGACCCAGGUGAGGGAACACGACCGGGCCACGGACGCUCCUGCAGAGACCCAGGUGAGGGAACACGACCGGGCCACGGACGCUCCUGCAGAGACCCAGGUGAGGGAACACGACCGAGCUGCGGACACUUCCCAGGUGAGGCAGCUUUCCUUUGCGGAGGUGAUGCGACUGAUUCAGGACGGACAGGAACUGCCCGGAGCAGUAAAACUUGAUGUAACCCCGAGCAACCAGAGUCCCACUCCGGCUCGGAUGCAGAGGAAACUCAAACCCUGGGAAACGGCUUUGUCCUUCGAGUGACCGCUUCGUCUUUAUCGCUCUGAGCAUCAAAAUCAAUAACUUCUGAUAAAAAAGAAUGAAAACUUCCAUCUUCACGAGGAGUUGACAUGUUGUUGGUCUGGAACAUUUAACGUGACACAGAAACAUCGGAGAACGUUUAGUGGACCGUCCGUCUGGGUCGAGUCAGAACCCUCAUGAGACCCAGACUGAGACAGAACCAAGUGUGUGUUGAUAUCAUUCUACUACUUUGUUUUAAUUACUUUGAGUUGUGGUAGUUCCAGGGUUCCUACGCAGUAUGGGAAAGUAUGGAAUUUGAUUUCAUUAUUUUCCAGGUCUGGAUAAGUCUGGAAAAAUAUAAUGUUUGAAGACGUGAAUCCAAAGAUCUGAGAAACUAACGCUGCGUCUGACUGUGAAAGGUUCCUAUCAACAGACAUUACUGAUGAUUCACCAUCGAGUUGGAGGAACGUUGACGUCAAACAUGAAGCCGAAGGUUCUUCUGUAGAUUAAUAAUAAUAAUCGUCUGAGUUUCAGUAACUACACGUUAAUACUGGUUUUAUAAAACAUGUUUAUUAGUCCCAUUGAAGUCAAAACUUCUUUUCACAUGAUCAGUCAGAACAAAUUGAAAUGAUGGAAAAAAACUAAACACAAACACAAACAACAUGUUCAUGACGCUGGAUAAAUCCAUCAUGUCCUUAAUAUUCAUCACACUAAUAUUUCCCUAUGUCACAGACUCUUCAUAAAAAAUACACACAGUUGCAAAACAAAAACAAAACUACAAGAAAAGUUCACCUUUGACCUGGAGCCUGUGAGGGCAGAGUUAGCACCAUUAGCACCUUUAGCGUAGCACCAUCAGGAAACAGUCGACGAGGUAAAGUAGGAGAAUUCAAACAUGAAAUAUUACACUCGUGUAUAUGAAUAUGCAAACCACAAGUUCUGUCACUGAUUUUGUAGCAGGGCUGCACAUGAAUAUUAUUUGUAAUGACUCUGUUGAUCAAUGAUCAGCCUCUUUGUGAUCGUCUGAUCUCUACGUUGUUGCUUCUUCGUCAGUGGAAUGAAAAUCAGUUUACAACAAAACAUUUUUUGUGUGAGGAGAGAUGUGAUAAAACAUUUUUGAUAAUUGAUGAUUCUCUUUUUUACGGUUCAGCUCCGGUUGGUUUGAUGUAAGGAGAUGAUUCUUAUUGUUCUGUGACUCAGUUUACUUGUAAUAUUUGGUUCUUUUGGUUUCGGUUUGACGAUGACGUUUCAGUUUCGGACAAAGUUUCAGUUUUCACAGUUUUCUGGCAUUUAAGACAAAAUGAUUAUUAAUAUAAAAUAAUCAGUGGAUCAAGUGAUGAUGUCUAUAAUGCAGCACAGACAUUUACAUUGACUGAUAGAACAGUUCGACCUGAGGAAGAUUCAAGUCUCUGUCUUGUUUUUAAAACCACGAUAAUAAAAGUAUUUGUAAUUAAAA